AUGUGGGUUGUCUUCACUUGGGUUUAUAUUCAGGGGGAAACUGGCUGCAGUAACAUUUCUGAUGUUUGGACAGUAGUACUAGUAUUAGCUGCAGGAUAUCACAGGUACAUUGAGAUCGCAAUAAAGCAGUGCAGGAGCUCAGGGAUUGAUUGCAAAAUUCACGGUCUCAUCCUGCUGGGACGCAUCCGGGCUGAGGAGGAGGAUUUGGCAGCGGUUCCUUUUCUGGCUUCAGAUAACGAGGAGGAGGAGGAUGACAAAGGCAGCACUGGGAGUCUCAUUAGAAAGAAGACUGCCGGGUUGGAGUCAACGGCUACAAUAAGAACCAAAGUGUUUGUGUGGGGCCUGAAUGACAAGGACCAGCUGGGUGGGCUCAAAGGCUCUAAGAUCAAGGUUCCUUCAUUCUCUGAGACUCUGUCCGCUCUGAAUGUGGUUCAGGUGGCUGGUGGAUCUAAGAGUUUGUUUGCAGUGACUGUGGAAGGGAAGGUGUACUCCUGUGGAGAAGCCACAAACGGCCGGCUGGGGCUGGCUAUGUCCAGCGGGACGGUCCCUAUUCCUCGGCAGAUCACAGCCCUCAGCAGCUACGUGGUCAAAAAGGUAGCGGUCCACUCAGGUGGCCUGCACGCUACAGCCUUAACAGUGGAUGGGAAAGUGUUCUCGCGGGGUGAAGGUGAUGAUGGGAAACUUGGACACUUCAGUAGAAUGAACUGUGACAAGCCAAGGCUGAUCGAGGCCCCGAAAACCAAGCGCAUCAGGGACAUAGCCUGGGGCAGUUCUCACAGUGCAGCCCUGACGUCCAGCGGGGAGCUGUACACCUGGGGCCUGGGCGAGUAUGGCCGCUUGGGACACGGUGAUAAUACCACACAGCUGAAGCCCAAAAUGGUGAAAGUCCUUCUUGGUCACAGAGUAAUCCAGGUUGCGUGUGGAAGCCGAGAUGCACAGACACUGGCUCUCACUGAUGAAGGUUUGGUGUUUUCCUGGGGUGAUGGUGAUUUUGGAAAAUUGGGCCGAGGGGGAAGUGAAGGCUGUAACAUUCCCCAGAACAUCGAGAGACUAAAUGGCCAGGGUGUGUGCCAGAUUGAGUGCGGAGCUCAGUUUUCCUUGGCACUCACCAAGUCAGGAGUGGUGUGGACAUGGGGGAAAGGGGACUACUCCAGACUGGGCCACGGCUCAGAUGUGCACGUGCGGAAGCCACAAGUGGUGGAGGGACUGAGAGGGAAGAAGAUCGUGCAUGUGGCGGUCUGAGCCCUGCACUGCCUGGCGGUCACAG